GCUGGGUGAGGUUGCGCAUGAGCAGUAGCGGCGACGUUGGGAAGAUGGCGGCGGGAGAGCCAAAAAGAAAGAUCCCUUUGGUUCCAGAAAAUCUCCUGAAAAAGAGGAAAGUUUAUCAAGCUCUCAAAGCCACCCAGGCAAAGCAGGCACUUUUGGAAAGGAAGCAGCAGAGGAAAGGAAAAGAAAUCAGGUUUAAACGACUAGAAUAUUUCCUACAUGAUUCCUGGCGGCAACAGCGUGACAAAGUUCGCCUCAGACGACUAGAAGUAAAACCUCAUGGCUUGGAGGUGCCAGAUAAACACAAUUUGGCCUUUGUUGUGCGCAUCCAGAGGAUUGAUGGUGUGAGCUUAGAAGUGCAGAGGACCAUUGCAAGACUUCGUCUGAAAAAGAUUUUCAGUGGUGUUUUUUUCAAAGUGACCCCUCAGACCAUAAGAAUGCUGCGUACAGUGGAGCCUUAUGUGACCUGGGGAUUUCCAAAUCUGAAGUCUGUCCGGGAACUUAUCUUAAAACGUGGACAAGCCAAGGUCAAGAAUAAGACUAUCCCUCUGACAGACAACACAGUGAUUGAGGAGCACCUGGGGAAGUUUGGUGUGAUUUGUUUGGAAGACCUGAUCCAUGAAAUUGCGUUUCCGGGAAAGCAUUUCCAGGCGAUAUCAGAGUUCUUGCGCCCUUUCCAGCUUUCAGUGGCCCGUCAUGCUCCCAAGAAUAGAGUGGGCUUCCUCAAAGAGAUCGGUGUGCCUGGCUACCGAGGUGAACGUAUCAAUCAGCUCAUCCGAGAGUUGAAUUAAAUCUAGAAUAUCUGAAAACUAUGCAUUGAUAGCAUGGGUUUUUGGGACUAUCUGGUGUCUUCAAAGAAGAUUACUUUCUGUUAUGUCUUCAGAGACUGGAGGGGAAGGGUCUGAAUAAAAAGACAGCAGCAUUCAUGCAGGCAUAUCUGAUCACAGCUCUGGCUCUACCUUGAAGUUCCUGUGUGUUUCCACAUUGAGCUCUGCUGCCUCUUGAGAAAAUGAGCAAAGAACUCAUACUAUGAAGUAGGACAAGGUUCCUGCUUUGUAACAUCUUCUAUCUUGGGGAUUGAUGCUGGUGGAUGAAUGCCCGAGUGGGUAUACAAGAAAGUGAACUAAGCCCAAGGGCAUAUCUGAACCUGGGAGUUCCCACACCUUCUUUUAUCAUAUAAUUAAAAGAACACAAAAAUAA